AUGUCUCUCCAGGUUGACGACCGAGGCCGUCGCACCCGUUCGCGCUCGCCUGGCCGUCGCGAGCGCAGUCGGAGCCCCGCGGUCCCCGCCAUGGUUGAUCCCCCGCGCGAGCCCAGCUAUGCUUACCCGGAAGACGACCUCGAUGGUGGCAGAUAUGGACGCGAGAGAGGAGGCGCCAACGUCGUCACCGCAGAGCCGGGCGCCAGCCGCGCCAUGUCAGGAGCUAUUCCUUACCCAGAGGACGGGAGCGACGCAAUGUUCCCAGGCACCAGGUCACUUUACGACUACGACGACCCGCGCGGCAGCAAUCCUGCUUACCGUCCGCCCCCAUCCCCGCAAGACAACUACUACCGCAACUCGCGCGAAAAGUACGACGAGCCCCGCGACGAUGACAAGCUCAAGUAUCUGCCCGCAAA